AUGUCUCUCUCAGAAAAUCUUGCACAGUUUGGUAUUCAGCACAUUACCAGAGGUGCAGUUCGUUCCACAGAUCUCGUUAUUUGUAGAGGAAGUGGAAUCUAUGUAUGGACUGUUGAUGGAAAGAAGUACCUCGAUCUCUCCACCGGCUAUGGAGUCACCAAUACUGGACACUGUCAUCCUACUGUUGUUAAAGCGGUUCAAGAGCAGGCUGCAAAUAUACCACAUGCCCAGAUGAACAUGUUUUUUCACAAGCCAAUGCUUGAUCUAAUUGAAAACUUAAAGCCUAAGCUUCCGUCUCCCAAGUUCAACAGCUUUUCUUUCUGGAACUCUGGGUCAGAAGCUGUAGAGGCAUCCAUCAAACUGGCCAGACAUGCAACAAAGAAGUACAACAUUGUUGUAUUUCAGGGAGCAUACCACGGCAGCACAUACGGAGCAGCAUCUUUGAACAGCUCGAACAGCCAAUUCUCUGCUGGUUAUGGCCCUCUUAUGGCUGGUGUUCAUGUAGCACCUUAUCCUUACUAUCAAAAAACGCCUGGCUAUAUUUCUGACCCCACCACAUUUACUCCAGAACGGUGCGGCGAAGAUGCUCUCUGUCAGUUGGAGACUCUUUUCAAGCAACGUGUUGCUCCAACAGAUACUGCUGCAAUCCUAAUUGAACCUAUCCAGGGUGAAGGUGGUUACGUUGUACCACCAAAAGGCUAUAUGGAAGGUGUUAGAGCUAUAUGUGAUAAGUAUGAUAUCUUGAUGAUUUGUGAUGAGGUUCAGUCUGGUUUUGGGCGUACUGGUAAAAUGUUUGCCAUUGAGCACACUUCCGUUCUUCCGGACAUAAUGAUCUUGGCAAAGGGAAUCGCUUCUGGUUAUCCUUUAUCCUGUAUUGUUUCUGAUAAAUCCUUAAUGGACUGCCAGCCAGUUGCAACCAUGGUCGGUACAUACGGUGGAAAUGCUAUUUCAUGUGCAGCUGCAAAUGCAACUCUUCGUGUAUUUGAUGAGGAAAACUUACUGGAGAAUUGCAACGAAAGAUCCAAGCAGUUCUUUUCAGGAUUCCUUACAAAUCUUCCUGCAGCAUUGCCUGAAGGUGCCACAGUAGAUGUGCGUGGUAGAGGUCUAAUGAUUGGUAUUGAAUUCCUUGGAGUUCCUGCUGGAUUUGCAGAGUCCGUGCGCAUGGAGGCCCUCAGACUUGAUACCAUUGUUCUUAGAGCGUCCAUUUACGAAACUCUCAGAAUUGUCCCCCCACUCAAUAUCACUAAGGAAGAGGCGGAUUUGGCUAUCCAGCGUGUUACGGAAGCAGUUGCUGCUGCCACAAAAAAUAUCAAGGCUUAA